AUGGAAACCCCCACAAACGAGAGUGCACUCACGAAAGUGUGGACCACGCUCAUCACGAACACCCAAUACCUCUCGGGCCUCCUCACCCUCGAGUAUUCCUUGAAGAAAGCUGGCUCGCGAUAUCCUCUGGUCGCACUUUACACUGACACGUUUCCACCUGAAGGCCUGGAGGCUCUCAAAAGGAGAGGCAUACCGGCGAAACACAUUCCCUAUCUCCUACCGUCCGUCCCCAAGGAAUACGCCAACGAUCCACGUUUUUAUGACUGCUGGAGCAAAUUAACCCCCUUCAGUCUUACCGAGUAUGAGCGAGUGGUACAACUGGACAGCGACAUGGUGGUUUUGAAGAAUAUGGAUGAACUGAUGGAGUUGGAGCUUGAUCCGCCUGGGAUGAAUGGCGAGGGAAACAGGGUAUACGCUGCCAGCCAUGCUUGCGCGUGUAAUCCCUUGAACAAAGCGCACUAUCCGAAGCAUUGGAUACCGGAGAACUGCGGGUUCACUUCCCAACACAAUACACCAGACGACGCCCAGGUUAAUGGACCACCACCUACCGCGGGGAUAGGAUCCCCUAAUGGCGGUCUGGUCGUGUGCAACCCUAGCCAGGGCAUCUACAACAAGAUCCUCGACGCUAUGAAAAACGGCAACUUAACCUCGAGUUAUGACUUUGCGGAUCAGAGCUUGCUUGGCGACCAGUUUUAUGGUCGCUGGGUCGGAUUGCCGUACAUUUACAACGCUCUGAAGACGUUGAGGUGGAAAGGAGUACAUGACGCCAUAUGGCGCGACGAUCAGGUGAAGAACGUCCAUUUCAUCCUGAGCCCAAAGCCUUGGGACGAGAAACUCGAAGAUAUCCAGGACGAAACGCACAAAUGGUGGCACCAGAUAAACGACGAGAGAUUGGCACAUGAAAAGUCUCAAGAGAUCAACGAUGGGUUUUAG